GACAAGGUCGGUGGCGUGGGAUGUUCGUCAAGUGACACAUUCUCUCAGUUGCUACAUGUCCAGCUGAGCUGGGACCACACUGCCGGAAAAAGUUCAAGACCGACACCCGAACCCAACCUGGAGAGUUUAUUACUCAAAGGCAAAACCCCAAACUAGCUCAGUUUUGUGCUCUGCUCCGAAUCGGACACUGGUUUUCCUCUUCCGCUUUCUUUAAUAUUCGGAAAGUCCCGGGGCAUUUUCUGAAACCACAAAGAUCAUAUCCGCCCAACUUUGUAGUCUCUGCUUAUGUGUUCACGUGAUGUUGGAAGGUCGGCGACAGGACGAGAACUGUUAUAGUUGUUGGACAAUACAGUCUGUCAUUGAAGAAUGGAAGGCAAAACAAUCCUGCUGCCCCAUUCCACACUCAGUCUUGAAUUGCAGCCGAGACUUGACAAGGAUCUCAAGCUUCACCAGGGGGACGAAAGCAAAAAGAUCACGGCAGCUGAAGUUGUUUUUGGAGAGAGUGUCUCGGGAACACCAAAUGAACCAUUUCAGUUGCUGCAAAAUGUGAAUGAGUUUGGAGCUGAGGGGAAUGCGACGUUUAUCACAGAAAGCAUGAGUGUAACUACAGCCGACGAAGAGAAGUUGCUGCUGCUAAACAGGAACACCGAACUGAGACGCAUGAACAAAGAGCUGAUGAAACUCAACCAAGACUGGGAUCAGAUCUAUCGUGCAACCACGACUGGACUUCAGCAAAGAGUGGCAACCCUCCAAAUGGAAAUUUCUGACACUAAUCAGCAUGCCAAUGCACUUUCCAAGAAACUGGACAAUGAGCAGCACAAAAGAGAGUAUUACGAGCAGUCAUUAAUCCAAGAGAUGAAGAAAAAUCAACAGCUCCAAGAAUAUGUGAGACAAUUGGAAAGUAAAUUACACAACAUGAAACAGACAGUCCAACCAAACUUGAAAGAUGAACCGUGGAGACAAAUUCUACACAAUGAGAAAUCAAAUGACAUCUAUCCGCAGUCACAAUCAGAACAUAAAGACAUAACACCCUCCUCACCAAAACGUGUUCAAAUCUCCGAGAAGCCAAGGGAGCACAGUCAGUGCAGACUGACAAAGGUAGAAGCAGCCCGACAUGCAAUCAGCAAUGGAGUGUCUCAAAAGGACUGUAAAGAGCUUCAGGACCAAAUGCUUGCUCUCGUCUGUCAGACAAAGCUUUAUGAAUCCGAUUAUAAGACAGAACGCAAAGACCGACAGCGCACACAAGCUGAAAAUGAGAAGCUGAGGAAGAAAACAGAAGAAAUGUAUUUUCAAAUGAACCUUCUUCAACAGCAGCUUAAGAUUUACGAGGAUGAUUUCAAAAGGGAAAGAUCUGAUAAGGAAAUUCUACAGCGUCUUCUAAAAAGUAAAUCAGAAAGUAAAGAGCCAGUUCUAGUUCAUCGGUGCAACAACACUCACCAGAAAUCAGAGGCGAGGAGAAUACAAUGUGGGAAGCACUGUGUGGAACGACAUACUGAAUGUUCAAACCACCAUAGAUGCAGAGGUGCAGAAAUUCAGGCAGACACAUACUCCAUAGGCUAUCGUUAAAAGAAAAUGCUCGAAAGUGGAAAGGCAUUAUCAAAAGUACAUUCAAUACUGUGGAGGACUUGCCAUGCUAGUGUCUUUAUUCAGAAAUGAAGCAAGAAAACCUAUAAUCAUAAUGCAUAGUCUAUGUUAUGUCUGAGAGCUUCAUGACCUCUAAGUAUAGGACAGCAUCUUAAACAUGUGAACACAUUAACACAUUUAUAUAAAAUGUUAUUGUGUCUCAUUUUAUAAAUGGGUUCAUAUGCUGUAAUUAAAAUAGCAAACAAUGUGUUUUACACAAACACAAUUUGUUACUAACAUCAAUGUAUAAUGUAUUUUUAAUUCAGGACUUAAUACUGUGUUUAUUUUUACUUGUGUAAUGUAUAUCUAAAUGAUGUUUUGUCUUUUCAUUGGGUACAAGUGAUAAAUAACUACCACUUGAGUGGGAAGAAAGAUUGCUUUCUUGCUCAAACUGACAUUAACAUAUCUAAAUGGUAGUAUUACAGGUAGGUUAAUAUCGUUCACUUUGAGCCAGUGAAAUAAAUUUGUUACUUCUGAUUUAUUUUGAACCACAAUGUGCUGCCAAUAUUUUUGCCGACUGAAAAUAUUGAAAUCUAUCUCUUGUCAUUGGACUAGAGACCAAAGCUCAAAAGAUGAUAAAUCAAUCUUGAAUGAUCAUACAACUGAUGAGCAAAAGUUGUCUUCCUAGGCUAACCGUAGAUAUCAGGAUGACCAAAUGGAACUCACCAUAAAAAUGUUUGCGUUUAUUGGUAUGAUCUUUGUAACCAUAGUGGUGAUAUGUUCUCCAUCAAACAGGGUCAUCCCACUAGUUGAAGGUGAGGUUCAGUAGCAACCGUAACCUAACGGUUUAUCGGUGAUACUGAACUUUAGUAUUACUGAAAAAACACAAUAGCAAAAGACAACUUUUCCAUUACACUUGUACUCAUUAGGCCAAUUUUCAAGAAAUACAAAAUGAAAAAAUGUUUCGACAAAACGUUUUCCCAGCAGUGCUCAACUUUAACCUCAACAUAAGUAACAUACUUUGGAUCUAUGAGCAUUUUUGUAAUCUAGGUUUAUAGGUAAUUCCUACAGCGUUGUCGACCAAUAUUUCCUUAACACUUAUGCAAGGCAUGUGCCUCAAGUAGUUCAAACUAUACAGAAUAGAUUAUGACAUCUGUGAUUCUAAAUCUUGUGCUAUAUUUCAAACUUAAUUGUUACCAACUAAUCAAUUUGUAUAUUUAAUUAAGUGUUUUAGCAAAGAGCUGUGCCAGCCAUGAAGCUAAUUGAUAGGAUUGAUGUUUAUCCUUCAAUAUCAUUAAUCUGUUAAAUUUAUAUUGGUCAUCAUCACAUUGCUAUUUGUGAAUCUUUGGGUAUGUUAAGCACCUCAAACUGGGGGCAAAGUGCUUUGAAAUAUCCUGAGAGCACCAAAGAUGCCAAAUAGAACUGAUGGGCUCUGUUUCUGCUUUAAUUUAAGUGUCUUAUGUUGCUAAUAUUGUAGUGUACUUUCCAUCAUCUUUAUAUACGUGUAGAGUAUUAUCUACAUUUGGGGGAAAACAUUAAAGGGGAUAUAUUAAAUACUAUUUGGGAAAUCUUGUUGGUAGCCUUGUUAUGUAUCACAUUUGAAUAAAUUACUGACUUUUAUAAUGGAACAAGGACGUUACGACUGAGAAUUACAUAGAAAUUUCUAUCAAAUUCUUAACAGUCAAAGUUGCAUUGAACAUAUGAUUAUGUAACUAGGUUGUCCUCUAAGAAAAGUUUAUAACAUCUUGCUAAUAAGAUUUCAAAGAGGUAUUUACUAUUUUGGUUCCUAAAUAUUAUUAAUUUAAAAUUUGCUAGUUUAUUGGAUGAAUGGUACCAUUUGAGGGGAAAAUCUAUGAACUUAGACCUAGGGCUUAAAAUGUAGUGCCGCUGGAAAAUGCAAGUAAAGAGAUUAUUUUCACAACAGUCUUCGAGCUUUAUUUAUCCAGUGCUGAUUCAGUUAUAUCUUUUUAAAAAAAAAAAUGCUUUUUGUUUCCAGUACGCACAAACUGUCUUUAGGGUACAAACUAUUAUGCCAUUUGCAAAAGGAGCCAAGUUGUCUAAGUAAACACUUCUGCCUUGAGUAAUGUGUAUUUGCAUCAUGAAGAUCUCCAAAGAAUCAUAGAAUCUCUACAGUGCAGAUACAGACCUUUCAGUCCAUCAAGUCUGCACCAACCCUCAGAGCAUCUCAAACACCCCUCCUCCCACCCAAUCCCCACAACCACACAUUUGCCUUUAAAGACAAUCCUGUGACACAAAUAGUGAUCAAGUAAUCCAAAUGGAAAUAUUAAAGAAUCAAUUAAACUAGUAGAAUAUGUUGAAAUCUGAUUUUUUUUUUUAAAUACAGAAGUGUUUAUUCCACUUUAGAUAAAAUCAGCUUUAUUUCAUUUCACUUUUACAAGAGAGCUAUUUGUAUUCAUAUCUUUCCUUGUUCAAAAAAAUGAUAUUACUGUUUAAUAAUAAUAAACCUGAGGUCACUUUCAAUCUAACAAGAAAAUGAAAGAUUUAAAUUCUAAUUUUUCAUUAUUCAAAUGGAGUCAGUGCUUCCGUCAAGCUUUUUAUUUUAAAAAAAAGUCUAUUUGAGUUGUAGAGGCUGGUUGAUUUAAUUUUUUCCAUUACACACACUUAUCCUAAUAAAAUGACAAAAAAAAAGUUGCAAGAUGAAGGGAAGGCUUCUUUCCUAAUGACUUCAGAACAGGAGAAAUUGAAGCGUAACACCUUUGUCAUGUUACCCCCAUCCUCAUCUUGCCAUUAUUAUACAGUCGGUGUACAGCUGAUUGGUAUCAGAAGUUACUAACGGCACUAAGUACUUAUGGUUUGUUCAGUGACUGGAUGGCUGGUUUGUGAUGCAGAGUGAUGCCAACAGCGUGGGUUCAAUUUCUUCACCAGCUAAAGUUACCAUGGAGGACUCCAUCUUCCGCACACCUGCUCUCACCCACCCUUAUCUGAGGCAUUGUCACCCUUGUUAAACCAUCACCAACCUUCUAAAUAAAGACCGAAAGAACUGCGGUGCUGUAAAUCCGGAACAAAAAUGAGUUGCUGGAAAAGCUCAGCAGGUCUGGCAGCAUCUGUGGAAAAAAAAAAUCAGAGUUAAUGUUUCGGAUGUGGGGACUCAUGGGUCACCAUAGCUGAAACGUUAGCUCUGAUUUUUUUUCUUCACAAAUGCUGCCAGACAUGUUGACCUUUUCCAGCAACUUCUGCUUUUGUUCCAUCACCAGUCUGUCUCUAAUGAGAGAGCACCCCUAUCAUCUGGUAAGACUAUGGUGACUUGACCCUUUUUUUGUAAAAGCUAGUUACCACCUGUGAUGUACAUAUAAUAGUUGAUGGGGUGUUAAAUUUUCCAUCAUUGUUUGCAAUAAUUACUCCAUAUUACCUUUCUGUAAAAAAAUUGUAUCUUUUAAAUGUUGAUAUACCUUAUGAAUACGGCCAUUGCAAUAUAUAUAUAUAUUCGUUCCUGAUUUAUUUCCCCAAUUUUUUUUUAUAAUAAAAGCGAUUGUUUAAUGAA